AUGAAAAUACUUGACAACAAAGAUACCGACAUCUAUUCUGAUAUUUGUGGCUAUAUAUCAAUCGUUUGUUGGUUCAUAGUUUUAUUUCCACAAAUAUGGAUAAAUUAUAAGCGAAAGUCUGGUGAUUCUUUAUCACUUACUUUUCUCUAUAUAUGGGUAGCCGGCGAUUUGUUAAAUUUAACAGGAGCAAUCUUGCAACACUUGCUUAGACAUAUAAUAAUACUUGGCGUCUAUUACACUUUAACCGAUGCUGUAUUGAUUUUUCAAAUUUAUUAUUAUCGCAAAUUCUACAAAUCCGAUGAAGAACUACCCCUCCUUAUACAAGCUCAACCAAAUAAAAAUAAAAAUAAUAAAAUUUCUACUAGAUUGCCCUUUAUAAUAUUAAUUCCCAUUUUAUUAUGUGUAUUAACUGGAGUCGCUAUUUCUAAAAGACAAGAAGUUAAAAAUGAUCAUUCUUCCUUAUGGAUCCUUAAAGAACAACAAAUGGAAGUAUUACCACAGAUAUUUGGAUGGAUCAGCGCAAUUCUUUAUCGUAAGUAA